AGGAGAGGAGAGGAGUACAGCGCGUGCAAGGCUCGUGGUGCCGUGGAAGCACCGAGUCGCCUUCCUGUCUUCGGAGCCGGCUGGAUCUCCGCGGAAGGAAGAGCCUUGGAUCUCCGGGCUUUCACUGCUUUAUAACAAGAUUUCCCUCCCGCUGCGAUUCCGUGCCUCGCUCUCCUGUCUCCGCCGCCGCCGCCGCCGCCCCCCCAGUGGCUCUGUCUCCGCGGAUCCUACUGUCCUCUAGGGUCUCUUUCACCGGGGCCAGGCGGAUGCCGCCGCAGCAAGAGGGAGAGACGGGCUACAUCAGCAAGCCGCUGCCGGGCGGCUGCGAGGUACCGCCGGUGCCUCCGCGCCGGGUCCGCAGCAGCCGGGCAGCGGCGUUGGGAGCGGCUCUCGGAAGCCGCUGCCGAGCCGGAGCGGGUGGUGGCGGAGCGGCCGGAUUUGAACCCCGGCGCAGCAUCAAGUGUGUUCUGGUGGGAGACGGCGCGGUGGGCAAGACCAGCCUGGUAGUAAGUUACACCACCAAUGGCUACCCCACGGAGUACAUCCCCACUGCCUUCGACAAUUUCUCAGCUGUUGUGUCAGUAGAUGGCCGACCAGUUAGGCUCCAGCUCUGUGACACAGCUGGCCAGGAUGAGUUUGACAAGCUCCGGCCCCUGUGCUACACCAACGCAGACAUCUUCUUGCUGUGCUUCAGUGUGGUGAGCCCUUCCUCUUUCCAGAACGUGAGUGAAAAGUGGGUUCCUGAGAUCCGAUGCCACUGCCCCAGAGCACCGAUUAUUCUCGUGGGGACACAAUCAGACCUCCGGGAGGAUGUCAAAGUCCUCAUUGAGUUAGACAAGUGCAAAGAAAAGCCAGUGGCAGAGGAGGCCGCGAGGAUCUGUGCCGAGGAAACAAAAGCCGCCUCUUAUAUCGAGUGCUCUGCCUUGACUCAGAAAAACCUCAAAGAAGUCUUUGAUGCAGCCAUUGUUGCUGGCAUUCAGUACUCGGAUACUCAGCAACAGCCAAAGAAAUCGAAAAGCAGGACUCCGGACAAAAUGAAAAACCUCUCCAAGUCCUGGUGGAAAAAGUACUGCUGUUUUGUAUAGUGCCAUUUGCAGAGGCUUCAAAAGCAGCCGUCUGAGGCCAAGAGCAAUUAGAAGCUAUAUUAGCUCAAGAUCUCUCUAUCUCGGGAGUGCACAGACAAAAGGGACAUAUGCACGUGUACGAUGCGAGUGGCCUUCACUGGAAGAAGAGAUGAAGAAAUGGGAGAGAGCUGGUUUCUGGAUGUCCGACUGAGGGCUUUCACCACUUGUGCCGAGCGUUCCUUCGUGCCGGCCCUCUCAGCAAAGUAUAGUGCACCACACGUUUGGGACCUUAAAAGCUGUACUGAGGACUUGACUGAUCACAGAAAUGGGAGGAGUCAGAACAGAGGCCUUUGCUAAGCAAGCGACUUGGGAGCAGCAAAGGACU